CCUGCCCGCACGUGGCAAGCCCAGCGAGGCGUCGGGCACCGGGACCCGGCUUCCCUGCGGGGCUCGGGAAGGGUCCUUGUGGGGCAGCUCAGAGCGGUGCGAACCCGCCGCUGCGCUGCGUCCCUGUGUGGGGAGAGCCCGCUCCCGCGAGCAGCCCUGCCUGGCCGAAAGCCCGGUCCCCAGCUGAGAUGGGCCGUUCUCACCUAGUGGGAGCCCACCGUGGUCACAGAAACAGGCCCAAAGUGGUGCACGUGGACAGAAGGAGUGAGUUCUGAUCCCGCACCUGCGACCGGGAGCUGCCCUUGACCAACCAGUCUCCAGAUGAGGAAGAUCUGGACCCCCCAGCAGCCGAGAGCUUUGCCAUCAAACAGGAGGUCCUGCAGGGAGGUCUGCGCCUUGCUGGACAGCCCAGAUUGCAGGAGCCAUGACGCCCUUCUCAUGGACACCGCGGAGGCCAUGGACCGUAGGGCCGUGUCCGCUGCAUCCGAAGCUGCCUGCAGGGUUGCCCUGGCAGCUGCUGUGCCCUCCUCCACCAGCGUUUUGAACUCCUUCCCGUUGCACUCCUGGAGGGAGUCCUCUAACUUGGGCAGGGAGCUCCACAGAUUGAACUCAUACUGGCCCCGGAGAGCCUGGUGGUUUGCCACCCAUAACUGGAAGCUCGAGGACAAAUACAUUUUCCUUCCAAAUGAGUCCAACCUCCUUGAAUCUUUAUUUUUCGGGGUAGGGGCUGGUUGGCGCUCCACUACGGGUACUGCUAGGGGAAAAACUUCUGGCACCGGUGUACGUGGAAACUUUGCCAUGCUAAUCAGCAACUACUUCUGCAGGAACCAAAGCAGCACACAGGUGAGCAGCAUAUGGAUCCUGUCUGAAGCUGCCCGCAAGCAGGAGAUGCAUCCUUGCCUCUUUGGUUACCCUCAGCAGUGUAAUUUCAGCUUCGAUCACCCCUCAUCUGUGGAAAACAGUGCCAGUAUUCAGAAUAGUGUCUAUGUGCCCUUGAGGGCCAGUUCCUACACGCUGGCGGAGGACAUAUUUCAAGAUGUGCUGCAAUCGUCUGAGCAGGCUUAUAGCGAGCACAGAGCAUGGAGAGUGACAGUAAAUGAAAAACUAGAAAUGGAUAUCCAGGAGAGGAGACAGGGGCAGGAGCAGAUAAUAGAAGGGCAGGAACAGAUGAUAAAGCUCAUGGAGGACCAGAGAUGUUCAGGUCCCAGUCGGAACACAUGUGUGCUUGACUCUCCCUGCAGCCCAUAUAGAGCGGUGUUCCAUGUCCUCCCCAAACUCCCCCCAAACAUUCGUUGUAUGUUCCCAGCCCACCGCAGUACCCUUUGCACUCCAGGCCUGGGGACAUUUUCCAUAAUGACAGCUGGACUUACAUACAGCUGUGAGAUCCUCAUUUCAGAGUGCUACGCAGUGUCAUGUCUCUUGUAA